AUGUGUUCAACAUUCUGUUCAUGGAAUACAUAUUUUUCAUAUAACCCCGCUUCUUUUACUGAGACAUGUAAUUACGCCUCAUUAUCAUCAGCAGAUCUGUAUUAUGAGACAUUAUGUGCUCCAACUACAUUGUUAUGCAAAAUAAGAUCGCCAUUUCUAAAAUAUGCAAUUGGAAUGAUAGUUACACAUAAGCAUAAAAUGCAAGAUAAUACACAACAAGAUAUUACUGGUGUCAUUAUUGGGUGGCAAAACCAAUGCCAUGAUGACUUUUUUCUAUAUAAGCACGCAUACUGUACUCCGAUUGAUAUUAGAGAUGAAUAUAUACGGGAAUAUAGCAUCUUCGACUGGAAAUUUCAACCAUAUUAUGUUUUGUUAGCUGAGAAUAGCCUGUGUUAUGUGCCACAAUAUGCUAUAACAUCGACAUGCGAAAAAUGGCUAAACAAUUUAGAGACUGGAAGAUAUUUCUGUAAAUUUGAAGGUACUCAUUAUGUGCCAAACAAAAUGCUAGAAGAACAUUAUCCAGACGAUGCCGCAGUCGUUUGCCAAAUAUUGAGUAAUCGUAAAAUUUAAUAUUUUAAGUGGUGGAAAAGUGUGCCAAACGAAAAGAUGAGAAAACGUUAUCCAGAUGAUUAUGCCAUAAUCGUUUGCGAAAUAUUAAGUAAACAAAAAUCACAAACGGAAAAAGGAAAGAACAUUUUUUUAAAAUAGCGCACAUAAGAUCUAUGUAUGUAGAGAUUUGUUUUCUGA